AUGUCUUCCCUCAACACUGAGGAUACCCUGCAAGAGCCCUCGCCCUCGCCUUCAAGCUCCAAGAAGAAAAAGAAGAAAAGAAAGUGGCCACUGCAAGAGGCCAGAAUCCAAGCCCUCACCAGGGCUGGCCACAGGGCCCUACUGGCUGGUCAGAAUCAUGAGGCCUUGACCAGCUUCCAGAGGGCCUUCCUCCUGGCUUCCAAGUCACCACAAACCAGGGACACCCCUGUUCUCCGGGCCUGUGCCUUCAACCUGGGGGCUGCCUACGUGGAGACUGGGGACCCAGCCAGAGGGCUUGAGCUGCUCCUACGAGCUCAACCUCAAGAGACAGCCCAGGGCGGGUGUCAUGGCGACCAGUGUUUCAACGUGGCUUUGGCUUACCACGCCCUGGGCGACCUGCCUCAGGCUUUGGCCUGGUAUCACAAGGCCCUGGGCCACUACCAGCCACUAGGUGACCAGGGGCAAGCCCAGGCAAAAAUGGGAGCCUGCUACCAGGCUCUGGGACAGCCUGAGCUAGCAGCCCACUGCCUGCAGGAAGCGAGCCGGGCCUACGCCCAAGCAGGGCAACCCAGGGCUGCAGCCCUGACACUGGAGGCUGCAGCGGGCUGUAUGCUAAAGAGCGGGCAGCAUGGGGUGGGUGAUGUGCUGCAGGUGCUGGAGGAGAGCCGGAGGCUUGCUGAGAGGAGCACUGAGCGAGGACUGCUGGGGCAACUCUAUAACGACCUAGGCGUGGGCUAUUCCCAGCUCCAGCUGUUCCCGCUAGCAGCAGAGGCCUUCCAGCAAGCCCUGCCCCUGUGCCGGGGGCCAGGAGAGGAGGCCACGGUGCUAAGAAACCUUGGGAUGGCCCACAAUGCCCUCGGCAACUAUCAGGAAGCCCGGAAGUUUCACCAGAAGGCUGCCGACACACACGGCUCUGUGGGGCAGCGGUGGGAGCAGGGCCGGAGCUUUGGAAGCCUGGCAUUUGCACUGAGCCAGCUGGGAGACCACAAGGCUGCCAGAGACAACUAUCUACAUGCUCUGCAGGCUGCCCGGGACACUGGGGACGUGAAGGGGCAAUGGCAGGCCUGUGAGGGUCUGGGGGCUGCUGCAGCCAGACUGGGGCAGCAUGACCAGGCUUUGAAGUACUAUAAGGAAGCGCUGGCCCGGUGUCAGAAGGAGCCAGAUUCUGUGCGAGAGCGGCUGGUGGCCAAGCUGACAGACGCCAUAAGGACCCACUUGGCCCGGGGUGGGCUGCUCCCAACCCACACCCUGACCUCAGCUCCAGGGGGGCCCCAGGCUCCAGGUGGGGCCUGCCCCGUGGUGGGGACCCCAGCCAGGGUGGGAAAAGGCACAGCAGGAGUGCGGCACAGAUUUUCCGAUAGGUGGGAAGAUGAGUUAGAGGAGGGCCACAAGGGGAAAGAGGAAGAGUCGGCGAAUGUUCUCACGACGGCUUGGACACCAAGACUGGAGCGUCCAAGACCCAGGGCCAAUCUCUCAUUUGGAGGCCAAGGCCCCCUCAGAAUGGAGAAUCCUGGCCUUCUGGUCACCAACGGCCCCCACAGCAAGAGCAAUCGGAACAACCCUCACCCGGCUCUGGAGGCCCAGGGUGUCCCCUGCCUCCUGCACAGCCUGAGUGUAGCCCUCAGCGAAAGGGAGAGUCCUGCUGAACUGGGGGACAGGCGGCUUAAGCCUACUCCCUCCUGCCCUGGAGCCCGCGAGCAGAGGUCAUCCAAACAGCCCAGGGAACCCCCCAGCAGGAACCCUCGGAGGAGAUCCACUGAGUCUGGCUUCUGCAUGAUCAUGUGACCCUCCCCUGUUGGCCACAGCAUGGCCCCUACAGUACCUCCUCAACAUACACACUUCAGGGGCUUCUGGGGCUGAGCCCCUUCCCAGUCAUUCCCAGUGAGCACUGUAUGGACACAGAAUACAAUGUCAGAAAGUGGGAUCCGGAGCAGGCUGGACAAAGGCUUUGCAGUCUCAGCACUGAGGAGGUCUGUGUGCUCCUCGUUGGGAUUUUUGGACUCAAUAAGCAAAAGAAAAAUGGAAAACGGAUGGUGAAUUUCCCCCCUUUCCUUCUGGAUUCAAACCUCACAACUGCUAAGGCCCCUGCCAGUUCUUAAAACCAUGACAUCUUGGUUAAGAGGCUUUGGAGUCACUGACUCCAUUUUCUCACAUGAGAAAUGGCGAUCUAAUGCUACAGAAGAUACGCCUUAACCAACCAAUGGAUGCAUUCCUCUUCCUCCAGGAAACAUAGCAGAUCCUGGAUACAGGCCCCUCAGGCCUGUAGCAAAACUGCUGCCAGCAGCUGCAACAACAGUAUUAUGUAACACUGAUCACUUAGCACAUGCCACACACUGUUCCAAGUGCUUCACAAGUGUCUUCUCCUUUAAUCCUCACAGCAGAUGAAUCCCCUUUCACAGAUGAGGAAAACAAGGCACAAAAGUUAACUGGUUUGCCACCCAGGUCACACAACUAGUAAGUGAAGCUGCGAUUCAAACCUAGGCAGUGAGAAGCUUCUAGAAUGCUGUGCAGCCAGUUCUACUCCGCCAGUUAAGCCAUUGCUUACCGAGUUGGUUGUGUUUGAUACCAAAUGUGUUUAUUCCAGUUGUGUUAUUGUAAUAUGUAAUUUAAUUAAAUUGAUAAACUAAGAGUGUGAAAAUAAGCAGUUUCUAUGAAAACUAAAUUGAAUCCUUAGAAGACGUGAUUCAGGUGACUCACCUUAAAAACUGCUGUUGAAUUAGAUGUAAGCAGAGAGACUAUUACAAAUUGGGGGAAAAUCAUAAAAAUCUAGAUGAAUUUUGCACUCAGUUUGCUUCAAAUAUACAAUAAAUUUUUUUCCACCUUAAGGACACAGACUGCAAAUUGCAGGUGAUAUGUAAGUGGUGAAGUUUAUGAGAUAAAGAAGAUGGAGAACUACGAUCUUUGGCCCUAUCCUCAGAGACAAGACCCUGGUCACACUUUGACAGAUGGCAAAUGAAUGGGUUUUUUUGGCCAUGCCAUGCGGCUUGUGGGAUCUUAGUUCCCCCACCAGGGAUUGAACCCUGGCCCUCGGCAGGGAAAGCGUGGAGUCCUAACCACUGGACCGCUGGUGAAUUCCCUGUAUUUUUUGUUUUAAGUUGAAAUAAGAUCAUGUACUCCCAGUCAUGUCAGAUAAGAGCAUGUACUGUACUGUGAAUUACUUCACAAUGAAAUUUUGAGGAUGCAUUAAAAUAUUUGUAGAGGACCUACUAUGUUCCAGGCACAGAACUAGGUGCAGGGGACACAGCUGUUAAUCUUCCUUAUCUAAAUGGAGCUUAUUAUCUUGUCAGGCAUUCAAGAUGUCUUGACUGGGAUGCAGAUUCACUGACUGUAACAAAAACCAAUAUAACAUUGCCUUUAAAUAGAGAAGAAUGGAUUUCGAGGGACAAGUAGCAGCAUCUGUCACACGAGAGUAUUGCUACUGGGUCAGGCCAACCCAAUAUCAACCAUCAUUGGUUCUACCAUUUCAUAGCUAUAUUAUCUUAGGAAAAUUACUUGACUUCUCUCUGCUACUCAAUUUCUCAUCUCUAACAUGAGGAUAAAAAUACAUCAUAGGAUGGACAGGAUUAAAUUAGAUAAUAUAUGUAAAGCAUCUGGAACUCAGUAGGUGCUCAAUCCACAUGCCCUUCUUGAACUGGUUUUGAAGGCAUUUCCCAAAGAAAACUCCAGAAUCUGAAAGGCAGCAAGGUGGACUAGGGCACUUAGGCACUGCCUUCCUGAGGAUAGCCCUCAUUUGGCUGUUUCAUAAAUUGUGAGUGUGUGUGUCAUGAUUUUAUAGUUACGUCUCAUCAGAAUGAGGUCAGCAAUUGACAACCCUUUAGUUACAUAGUUCUGCAUUUGGAGAGGCAUUUCAGCAUAGAAUAAUGCUUAAGACUACAUACCCUAGGGGCUUCCCUGGUGGCG